GACUAGCCAUCCCGAGCGAGUGUUUACCUGGCCGCCCUUGUCACCUGCGCGUCGUCCAUUUUUCCUCCUUAUUUAGCGUUUUUUGGGCCUUCUUCGGGGCGGCUGCUGCGAUAAUGACCAUGGGAGACCACGCACCCAACGCACCCGUGGCCUCGCUCGUCUACCCGGUGUUAAUCCGCCCAAUACUAGGACAGAUAGAGAAGGAGAAUGUGGCCUCCAGUCAGACCCUCCGUACCGCUCUGAGCAGGGUCGAGGCAUCCCACCCCGGGUUCACCUACGAGCUGGUCAUGGGGUUGGUGCGCAAAGCCGACCUCUCCGUCAACAUGAACGAGUCAGUGCUGCGCCUCCAGGGGUCGGUUAACGAGGCCGAUUCAGCCAGCGACUACCGUGUCACCCGGACGGAAGACGCGUUUCAAGAGCUCAACCGGAAGAGUGCCAACCUGAAACGUAUCCUCUCGCGCAUUCCGGAUGAGAUCACCGACCGCAAGACCUUCCUGGAGACCAUCAAGGAGAUCGCCAGUGCCAUCAAGAAGCUGCUGGACGCCGUGACGGAGGUGUCGCAGUUCAUCCCGGGCAUGCAAGGUAAACAGGCCCUGGAGCACCGCAAGAGGGACUUUGUCAAACACAGCAAGAAGUUCAGCAACACCCUUAAGGAAUACUUCAAGGAGGGACAGGCCAAUGCUGUCUUUGUUAGUGCCACGUACCUCAUACAUCAAACCAACCUCAUCAUGCUGACAGUGAAGGACAAGUGUGAGUGAGUAAGUGAGCGAGAGAGAGAGAGAGAGAGAGAGAGAGAGAGAGAGAGAGAGAGAGAGAGAGAGGUGGAAAUACGAGGGGGUAUCAAAGAGGAAGGAAAAAAGAUUAGAAAGAGAGAGGGAGAAGGAGAAGAGGAGGAGGAACUUAAAAGAGGGUAGGGAAGAGGAAGGAAAAAGAAGAGAGAGAGAGAGAGAGAGAGAGAGAGAGAGAGAGAGAGGAAAAUAAGAAAGUUGGUUGUAGAAAGAAAGGGAAACAGGAGGAGGAAAGAGGAAGGAAAAAAAGAAAAGAGAGGAAAAGGAGAGAGGAGGGAGAGAGAGCUUGUAUUGAAGGAGGAAAAGGAAGAAAUAAAACAAGAUGAGAGAGAGAGAGAGAGAGAGAGAGAGAGAGAGAGAGAGAGAGAGAGAGAGAGAGAGAGAGAGAGAGAG